GGGACGGGACCUGGACCGAGCCGGGAGUCGGGAGCGGGGAGCCGAGUCCAGCCGGAGGGGUCCCAGCAGCACGCCCUGCCCCCCCGCCCCCCAGCAUGGCGCAGUGGCAGGAGGUGCAGCAGUUGCCCCCCACCCACCUGGAGCGCGUUCACCAACUGUACACCAACGCCGCGCUGCCCAUGACCGUCCGGCAGAGCCUGGCGGACUGGAUCGAGGACCAAGACUGGCAGCAGGCGGCCGAGCCCUUUUCGUCCCACGCGCGGAUGCUGUUCCAUUCGCUGCUGACGCUGCUGGGGGAGCAGCUGGGCAGCCUGGGGCCGGGGGAUGAGGACUUCAUGCUGAAGCACAACCUGCGCAAGGCGCGCAUCGACCUGCAGGCUGCCUUCGAGGAGCACCCCGAGAACUUUGCCAACCUGGUGGCCAAUCUGCUGCAGGAGGAGCGGUGCGUCCUGCGGAGGGCGCAGGCGAAGGGGCAGGCGGAGACCCCCCCGGCACCCAGCACGGCCCCACAGAGCAGCCAGGAGCAGGAGAUCCAGCAGCGCCUGGCUGAAUUCCGCACCGCCCUGCAGGAAGCUGAGCGUGCAUUCCGACACAUGGAGGACCUCCAGGACACCUUUGACUUUAGCUAUAAGAUGUACUGCAUGCCGGGCCAGGACCACUCCCACGACCCGGAGUACGCGCAGCACAUCCAAGCACUCCAGGCCAAGCUGCAGUCCCUGGACCGGCAGCGGCGGGAGGUGGUGGCACAGAUUCAGCAGCUGCUGGGGCGCAGCGAGACCCUGCGGGACUUCCUGCAGCAGGAACUGAGCGCGUGGCGUGAGAGGCAGCAGCGCAGCUGCCUGGGAGCCCCCGCUGAUACCUGCCUGCUGCAGCUGCAGGGCUGGUUCACGGCGCUGGGCGAGGGGCUCUUCCAGCUGCUGCAGCUGCUGCGGGCAGCGGGAGAGCUGCGGCAAAAGGUGACCUACGAGCAGGACCCACUGCAGUCAGAGCUGCCGCUGCUGGAGAAGCGGCUGCAGGAGCAGCUCACCUGCCUGCUGCAGAGUGCCUUCGUGGUGGAGCAGCAGCCCUGCAUGCCCAACACCCCCAAGCGCCCGCUGGUGCUGCGCACAGCCAACAAGUUCUGCACGCGCGCCCGCCUGCUGGUCCGCCUGCAUGACCGCAACCACCGCAUGGAGGCCAACAUCCACAUCGACAGGGACCCGCCGAAGACGCGAGGCUUCCGCAAAUUCAACAUUCUGACCUCGAGCAGCAAAACCGUCCUGGUUGGGGACAGCCCCCGGGAGGGGCUGGUCUGCGACUUCCAGUACCUCACGCUGAAGGAACAGAAGGGCGGAGGAUCAGGCAAAGGCAGCAGAGGCACCAAUGAGGGUCCUCUGGCUGUGACUGAGGAGCUUCACCUCAUCACCUUCACGCUGGCGUAUGCAUACUGCGGGCUGGAGCUGAAGCUGGAGACCUCCACACUGCCCUUCGUCAUCAUCUCCAACAACAACCAGCUCUCCAGCGCCUGGGCCUCCGUGCUCUGGUUCAACAUGCUGAGCCCCAACCCCAAGGACCAGCAGUUCUUCUCCACACCACCCCCAGCCCCGUGGCCCCGGCUGGCGGAGGUGCUGAGCUGGCAGUUCCAGAGCACAACUGAGCGUGGCCUGAGCCGGGAGCACCUGCACAUGUUGGCUGAGAAGCUCUUCGGCUCAAAGCCAUCUCCGGAGAGCGCCUUGCCCUGGACCAAGUUCUCCAAGGACGGUGCUGCAGGUUUCUCCUUCUGGGCCUGGCUGGACGGGAUCCUGGCGCUGCUGCACGACCACCUGAAGCAGCUCUGGAAGGACGGGCUCAUCCUGGGCUUCGUGAGCCGCAAACAGGAAAAGAAACUGCUGAAGGUGAAGCGGUCGGGGACGUUCCUGAUUCGGUUCAGCGAGAGCACGCUGGGGGGGGUCACCUGCACCUGGGUGGAGCACCCUGAGAGCGGACCCCCCGCCUUCCGUGCUGUCGUCCCCUACACCGCAGCCGAGCUGGCAUCACUGGCGCUGCCCGACAUCAUCCGCGAUUACCAGCUGCUGGCAGAGGAGAACAUCCCCGAGAACCCGCUGCUCUUCCUCUACCCUGACAUCGCCCGUGACGAAGCCUUCGGGCCCUACUACAGCCAACGGCACGAGGGGAUCCUGACCAAGAAGAAGGAAUACCUGAACCAGCGCCUCAUCCGCGUAUCCUCCAGGCAGCCCCACGAGACGUGGCAGACGCAGGAGGAGUUGGUGGUGGCCACGGAGGACCUGGAGACGCUGCAGUUGAAGGGCGGUGGGCAAGAGCCUGUGAGCCCAGGGACGCUGCUGGGGGGGAGCUGGACCCCCGGGACACCUCAGGCCGUGAGCCCGGGGCUGCAGCAGGUGGUGGCCGCAGUCCCGGUGCUGCCAUCCCUGCAGCCACUGGGAUCAGGGGGUUUGGCGGUGCUGCAGACAGGGAUGGGGGACCUGGGGCCGCCCGUUGUGCUGCAGCUGCUGCCGGCGGUGCCCGGGGGGCAGGGGGUGCGGCCCGCGGAGGGCAACGCCGUAGGGCCGCUGCUGGGGAGCGGUGCUGCAGAGCUGCUGUUGGACGACGGCGCCCUGGGGCUGCAGCCGUCGGGGCUGGGGGAGCUGGAGGGGCUGCCGCUGCAGGAGCCGGCGCUGGAGGCUGUGGAGCUGCUGCCCGCCCUGGACGACGGCGCCGCGCUCCUGGACUCCAGCGACCCCUUCCUGCCGCAGCCCGAGGACGCGGCCCUGCCCGCCGCCGCUUCCCUCUUCACCGCGGACGGCGAUUUCCCACCGCUCCACAUCGACGCCAGCGACUUCCAGUGACCCCUCCCGGCCCCUCGUGUAAAUAAACCCCUUCCUCCCCAUCAGCCCGCGGUGCUGUUAGGGCGGCCCCGGUGCGGCGUUGUAGCAGAGAGCGGCUCCUCGUUGCCCGGCCCUUUAUUAGAAACCCAUAAAUACCCCGUAUAAAUA